AGGGGGGUGGCAGUGGGGUCAGUACAGUGAGGGAACCUACUGUUAAUGCAAGGUGACUCGGAUGCAAUGGCCGUGGGCCAGGCUGGUAUGGGGAGUCCCUCACCCAGCCCUGUAGCCUGGCCAAGGCAAAGCCCUGAGCCCCAUUCCCCUUCUGGCUGUCUCAAAGCAGGUCCCUGGGCUCGGGUCCCAGUGCUGCACUGGGGUGGGGGUGCAUGCUGCAGUCUGGGCUGCAUGGGGGGUCCAGUGCAUGCUUUGCCUUCAGCCCUUGGGUGCCAGCAGGAUCAAACCCAGCCUGAGCUUAGGGAGGAUGCAAUGCCCUGGCUCAGCCACAGGCUGUUUCUUGGGCUUCAUUCUACCUUGACUCCCUGCGGAGCCCCUCGGAGAGAGUCCCCAAGGAGCAGGUAUUUGUCCUCAAGGCUAAAGGACAGAGUCUGGCCCUGCCAUUUCCUGACUCUCUGCUCCUGGGAGUCACCAGUGCACCCUGGUAUGAUGGGGGUGCACAGAGGCGCUGGGUGUGGGUAGCAGGGUUGUCCUCAUCCUUCCCAACGAUGGAUACUCCAGUGCUGGGUUUGUCCUGGAGCUGAGCAGGAAGGUCGACCAGAGCCUGGGCUGGGUUUAGCCUUCCUGCUCCUUCAGCCUCAUGCUGCAUGUGCUGCCUCUGCUCUCAUCACCCCGCGCCGGGUGCCCAACCCUGCUGCCCGUCGGGACCGGGGGCUGAUGCUGUGUUAACUCUUCUGCUUGGUGACUCCUUCUUUCUUCCAGGCAACCCGCCAGUCCAAACUAAAAAAGCGCUGAAGCAGCGAUUCCUCAAACUGCUGCCCUGCUGCCGGCCCAAAUCCAUCCCCUCGCUCAGUGAAAACAGUGUUGAGGAUGAGUUUGAGCUCUCCACCGUCUGCCACCGCCCCGAGGGGCUGGAGCAGCUCCAGGAGCAGACCAAGUUCACCCGCAAAGAGCUGCAGGUCCUGUACCGAGGCUUCAAGAACGAGUGCCCAAGUGGCAUUGUCAAUGAAGAAAACUUCAAGCAGAUCUAUUCACAGUUCUUCCCUCAAGGAGACUCCAGCACCUAUGCCACCUUCCUCUUCAACGCCUUCGACACUGACCAUGAUGGCUCCGUCAGCUUUGAGGAUUUUGUGUCUGGGCUGUCCACCAUCCUGCGGGGCACCAUUGAUGAUCGCCUGAACUGGGCCUUCAACCUCUAUGACCUGAACAAAGAUGGCUGCAUCACCAGAGAGGAAAUGCUGGACAUCAUGAAGUCCAUCUACGACAUGAUGGGCAAAUACACCUACCCGGCCAUGCGGGAGGAAGCACCGCGGGAGCAUGUGGAGAACUUCUUCCAGAAAAUGGACCGGAAUAAGGAUGGCGUGGUGACAAUCGAGGAGUUCCUGGAGUCCUGCCAGAAGGAUGAGAACAUCAUGCGAUCCAUGCAGCUCUUCGACAGCGUGAUUUAGCUCCCGGACCUGCCUCCAGAUGAGCUCUCCUGACACUGGGCCCAGAACCUUCUUCUCUCUCGACUUUUCCUUUGAGACUCCCCUCCUCUGGCUGCAUAGACACCCCCAUGGAAAGGGGUUCUUUCCCCGAGAUGCAGUCAGCGCCGAGAUCUUCCCUUUCCCCUGGCCCAGCUCUGCUUUCCUCCGGGAAUCCCAAGCAGGUGCUCCCAGAUGUUGGAGCAUGGGCAUGGCUGGCACAGGAUGAGAAUUUCACCUGGAUGGACCUCCCUGUACCCAAUCCCGGUGGAAAAGAUGCAUCCUUGGGCUGCAAUAGAGGUUUUCCCCUGCACACCACCCUGUGCAGCCACAGCUCACCUCCCCUGAUCCUCCCCAGCCCCAGGAGCCCCCAGUCCUGGCUCCAGCCCAAAUCCUCCAGCAACACUGUCUAGAAACCAAUAAAAUCUUGCAAUGGGCACAAUCAGUGCCUUGACUUCUUCCCCUGCCCUGGCUGUGCCCUGCUGUGGGAAGCAUGUCUGGUGUAUCCACUGUGAGCCACCAGCCACCCUCCCUGUCCUGACACUGGGCCAGUGGGUGGGCAGAGGGGCUGUGCCUGGAGAAGGACAUGAGCCCUUGAGUUCAUUGCUGUAUGAGCUAUGAGGAGCAUCCCCUGAUCCCAGGCAUCCUGGUUAGACCCUCAAGGCUCUUCCUGACAGGGGCAGAGGGGAGGUGAUUUGUUGUGGCACUUCUCCCCCAGGAUGAACAAUGCAGGGCUGGGAGAGCUGCAACCUCAGCCCCUGUCCCUCAGGUUUAGGGUGCUGGUACAUGGGGACCCCAGAGAUCCACUUUGAGGCUCCAGUGGAGAGACACUCUUUCUAACCCUUCCUGAGGACAUGACAGCCAGUGUAUGGGGACACGUGGAAGAGGGAGAUGGGCUGGUCUCUGGUGGCCAUUCUGGCCCCAUAGGGCUCACAGCCAUGCUCCUGGCAUUGUUUGCCCCUAACCUUGCCCUGCCCCUGUGCCCUGGCCCAUCCAAGCCCACCUGCUGCCCCGGGGACUGGAGAAUGAGCAAUGAGGCAGAGAAGUGUCCCCACAGGCAUAGCCCUGUGCUGGUGACGUGGCUGAGCUGGCAGCUCCUGGAGGAGAAAGUCGAGGCUGGGGUUAGGCAGGAGUCACUUCCCUGCUGCUGGCAGGCCGGAGGGUCACCUUGGGGCAGGGGACUCUUCUCCUUUUCCCAGCACGGCCAUGUGAGAGCCUGCUUGGGGACCUUGGGGACAGGGACCCUGGGUGUUUUUUUCACCACCAGCUCCUUGGAGAUGGAUGUGUGCAGGCAGGCCUGUCCUGCCCACACACCACUCCAAGUCAUAGCUGGGAGAGUGAUGCCCAUGGGCUAAUGAUCCCAUGCUAACUCCAGCAGCUCUUCACAGGCACUGGGAAUGUACCUAGGCCUGGCAGCCCCAGGGAGAGUAGCUUCACUCUCUGUAUCCCUAGCCGGAGGUGGUUUGGGGUUGGCCUGAUCUGUGAUGUCUGGGAUCAGCACCCAUGCUGGGCCAGACCCAGGCUGAGCCCCUGGGGUUGGAGACAUUAGAAUUUAACCUCUGGGGCUCUAAGCCAAAGCUACGGGGCUGCUUCCCAGGGGGACUGUCCCUGUCCCAGCCCUUGCAGAUAUCACAUGUUUUUUAGGCGCAUUCAACACAUUAUUUAUCUCACAGACAUUAUGUGUUUUUUAGGUUAAUUCAACGCACCGUUCAUCUCACAGAUCUGUUCCCAAGUUUGCUGUGGGGCUGAGCUCCCACUUGCAUUCUCCUAAGGGUGGGAGGGCCUUUACCCGUCCAUCUCUUUGGCCCUGUUCUCCCUCCUCCCAGCUCUCUGGGGUACCCAUUGUUCGCUGCCACGUGGAGCACCUGCCACCUCCCCCCUCACGCUGUAGGUCGCAUGGUGUGACCCCCCCUGCCCUGGGGCAUGGUGACCCACAACCCGCUUGGCAUCUCCAGUCUGUAUAUUUUGUAUUAUAGUAAUUAUAUGAGUUAAAAAACAAAACAAAAAAACCAACAAAAACCAAUAAAAUCUAACCACAAUCGCUAUGCACACUA